ACUGAACAUCCAGCUGAACAUCCAGGAUGGCAGGGAUUAUUCUGUUUCUCUUGUUUCUGGGCUUUCCUCUUUACAGGACAGAGGAGCAUGUUGUCAACGAGCUGUACACCCUGAUAGAAAAGGGCCAGCCCAGCUUUGUGGAUCCAGCUCCGAGCAACCAGAGCCGGCUGGUGGUUAAAGAGCCCUCCCUGCCCAUCAACGAGCUCCUGGAGAAGACCAGCAAGACCGGGGAGUCCAAAUUCACCCUCCAUCCUCUACCCUCUGCUGUCUGGCCAAAGCACACCGACCUGGCCCCCAUCCCCCGCCACCACGGCCCCCACAACAAGAGCAAAAAGGGCCCCAAGAGCGACCGACUGGUGGAGCACAACAGCGAGAAGACCAGAGCAGAAGUUGCUGGUCUGCUUCCCAAAACUCCCCUGACUGGAGCCACAGCUGCUGUCACCAACCGCACUGUGCAGAGAACCAACCAGGACGCCCAGUCCAACAUCAGUCCUCCUCAGCAGAGUGAACCAGAGGGUCACCCCAACUCCAGACCCAGGAGUCCAUCCCACACACAGCCUCAGGCUCAGCCGCACCAACCAGCCCCUUCCCCGCGCAGAGAUCCCCCCAACCGACGGCUCGACCCAGAAGAGAACCGGCCGGGGAAGUCCAGUCUCUAUCAGUCAGGUAUCGGUGCAGCGAGCAGGAACAACAGCCGACCACCUGUCCUCUUCAACCGGCGCUCCUCCAGCCUGCUCUACCAAUUCGACAUCCUGAGACGAGAGUCCGACUUCACACAUGAUGCCUUCUGCAUGAGCGAGUGCAGGAAGGAGAAGGAGGAGAGGGAGUAUUACUGCUACAGUGAGUUUGCUGUCAAUGGGAUAGUUCAUGACAUUGAUGUGGUGCGUAAAGGCAUACGCCUCAUUACACUGAUGGUGAGCAGUGACGGCUUCUACAAGAUGAGUCGUCUCUAUGUGACCCCUGACAGCUUUUUCUUCAAAGUUCGCCUUCUGGUCCUGGACACCUACAAGUGCAGCAAGCCCUGCCCUGACAUCAAGCUCGGGACCAGAUACAUUAUAAUGGGCCAGAUCUACCACCGGCGGCGCCAUCUUCCCAGCGACCUCCUGAACCUACUGGGGGGUAAACUGAAGCCUGGAGACGGCCUCCUGAGAAGCAACAACUACGUCAAGAGAUUCAACAAACGGAGGCACCAGAAAGCCCUGGAGGCCACCCGCUCCAGGUGUAGGUGAACCAAAGAUAGGACUAUGGCCCCCUGCUGCAGGGGAAGAGACAUUGCAGCUUACCUGAACUGAUCGUAACUAAUAACCCCUCAGUAUUGUGCAAGACAAAAGACAUUUUGCGGAAGGCAUGGAUUUAUUUUCAUACGGACUGCUAUGAUGUAUCCUAAACCUGGUUUAUCUUUUUUACUCCUCUGUAAAGUUCCUGACUUGUGGUUUCUUUGAUAGAAAACACAAGCAGCUUCAUUUAAAUGGAUUGUCCAUGAUUACUUUGUAACUUUUGGGGCGUCAAACAAGAGUGUCCCCAACCUUAUUAUUCCCAAAAUAGCAACUCCACUCAAACUCCUCAUUCAUGGCUGGUUCAUGCGUGUUUUUGUUAAACAAGACAAUAUUUGUGCUGCAGUCAACCUCUUUAUCCCCACUAUAAUCCAAGCACACAUAUGAACAUGCAUACAGAUAAGAUUAUCGGUUAAAUGUUGUUGUCCUAUGUUGCUUUUCAAAGCAUGCCCCCGUUUUUAUCAGUUGAAAAACAGAAAUCAAUACUUUUACACAACAUCAAGGAGAAACUUUAUUUUCAAGACAAGCAUGCUGGCUUUUCCAAAUAAUGGCAGCUGCUCAGUAUAUUUAGAACCUUGGAUCUUAAUACAAACCCAAUAUUUCCAAUAAUCAUGUUGACUCCUAUGAUUAAUCAAUGAUGCUUCUAAAUUGAUAUGAAUGCAAAAUGUUGUACUGCACCAAACAGUGUUGUUUUGUAAUGCUCAGUCCCGUGCAUGUUGUCACUGUGGUUGUUAUUGGUAGGCAGGAAAUGCACUAUUAUUGUUACAAGGACCAAAGGGAGGGAAUGAAGGGCCUGAAAAAGCAGCAACAAACCUCGGUGGAAAACAAGGAGGAGGAGGAGGAGGAGGAGGAGGAGGGAGAAAAAGGAAGAGAGGGAAUGAGUGAGCACAGGACCUUUGCUUGUCAUGAGAGCGGCUUAUUUUCCUAACUUUAAUUAUGUGUCCACGAUGAAAUAUCUGCCCAAGUAGACUGGGACAUCAAAAGGGGCCUUGCUGAAUGAGGAGGGGGUGUGUUGUUGUAGGGACUAAGCCAUAAAUCUAAUCGCAGGAAUCUGAUCCUCUCCACACCUGGACACAUGACUCGGAAAAAGUGCCUCUGUCACAGCUCCUCUCUGGGACGGCCCUUAUUUUCUUGCUUACACACAAACACGUCCUCCAAGAAGGGGGGCAUUUAAAGUGUAGGCAAGAUCAGAGGAGGAGGAAGACGGGGGCAAGGUGGAGGAGAAAUAGAGGAGGUUAUGUAAAAUGACACAGGGAGGGGAUUGAAGCAGGAGAGGGGAUGUUGGGUCUGUCUUUCUAAAGGGAUAGCUUCUUAUUUAAUCAGAAAUCCCUGGCUUGAUUGUAGUACGACCCUGAGCUCAUGCUUCUUAUGAAAGGGAAAACUUGCACUGAAUGCUUACAUUGCUUUACCAUACACAAACCC